GGAGUGAGGGUGAUACAAUGAAAGCAGUUUUGUAUUGUAUACCAAUUUCUCUGACGUGCCUGUUCCUGCAUAUUUCCAUACCUCCUGAUCAGCAUAGUUCAGGAAUGCUGGACAGAAAGUCGGGCCGCAGCUCACCUGCUGAACAGUCGGCAAGAUCUGCAGGGAUGAAAAGUUGGAAGAGUGGAAAGUGAUGUUGGUCACCGAAUUCCACGGCAUAUUAUACGGUCCGUUGGUCCACCCCUGAACCGAUUCUCCAUCGUGAGCUCGAUGGCCCGGUAACCACGAGGGAUAUGGGAUUCUGGAUAGUGGCUGGUCGCUAGCUUGAGUGAGGUUGGCUGUAUCGUGUACUCUGCGGUCGUGAUGGCAACCAUUCCGUACCCGUGAUAAAAUAGUCAGAGAAUAAAACCCAUACCUUCUUUCCUUCCCCCUCGUUGAUGCAAUUUUCCUCUCCUGUGUUGUCAUCGGUCAUCCUUUUCUCUUCCAGACCGAGCCCCGGGCUCUCACUCUUCACAAUGAAGUCCCUCACUCUCCUUUCCCUCCUCUCCUCCCUCACCGGCGCCCACGCCGCCGUAGCCUCGGAAGCCAACACGGCAGAGGUCGCCGCCGACGCCAUCGCCCUCAACACCUUCAAAGACGCCAUCUGGUCGGCCGAAUCCCUCCCCACCCCCCUCCAAGGACCAGGCUACAGACCCCUCAUCCCUCCCUCGUACGAACGCUGCGCCGUCGACCCAAACGGGCCUCGCGACUUCACCUACCUCACCCCCAACGGCCUCGCCGUCACCCGCGACCGGCGCACCAGCCGCGCCAUCGAGGAGACCGAUCCCGACGACCAAUUCCAAGGUCUCGUCUUCGAACCCCCCAACAACGUCUUCUCCCCCAGAGGCGUCUUUGACGUCCGCCUCCCCGGCCGGGGCGACAGACCAUCCCGCUACCUCGCCAUCUUCAAAAACGGGGAAGUAGGCUGGGUCCUCCGCAGCACAAACGGGCAGACCGCCCUCCGCGAUGAACGGGGCCAGCCCUACGUCACCACAGUCUUCUCCGUCCAGUGCGACGGUCUUUCCACUGCGGGUGUGAUCAACGGGCUAGAGUUUGAGUUUGCCGUCAAGGACGGCAAGCUUUACGCUCGGGGUAUCCCCCCUACCAAGAAGCACUCCCACGUCUUUUCCAAGAGGCAGGAGAACGGUGGUGUCCAGGUUUCCGAGAGCAGCGGAGGUCGGCUGAGCAUCACGGUGGGAUUGUACGUCCUCCCACGACUCCCAGACGUCAUCGCCGACCCCCCCGUCACCAAGACUUGCCCCAAAGGCGCAGACUACACCACCCACGACCCCGCCCCCCCGAUGACGUCCAACGGAUGCGGCCCGACAGAUUGGUGGAGGUGGUAUUUCGCGCCAAAGCUGCACGAGACGUUUGAAGAUGCCUGCAACUGGGUGGAUGUCUGCUGGACCGACUGCACCCAAACCUUCACCACCUGCAACUCGGGCUUCGCCGCCCGCCUCCUCGACCGCUGCAACGAGCGCUUCCGCACCGAGUCCUCCCUCUCCUCCUGCCGCAACCUAGCCUCCGCCUACGUGGCCCACUACAGUAUGGCCAACGCCGCCCUCACCUACGAGGGCGUCAAGGACAAGUACUGCGGCUGCCAGUGCGCCGAUCCCGAGCAGCACCUCUGCGGUGACGUCUGCAUCUACAAGAACGACCCCAACAACUGCGGUCGCUGCAAUAAAGUAUGCCCCUCCGGCUGCAUAAACGGCGUCUGCGCCUCCACCUGCCAAAACCCCUGGUCCUGCAACACCCCAGGCGACCUCUGCUCCGCCGACGGCGCAACCCCCAACCCGGAAACCAUCGACGACUACACCGACCUCUGCCUCUGCGCCGAGGCCGCCGAGUCGGCAGGCACCGUCUGCGCCUGGGCCGGCGACGUCUGCGGCGCAAAGGGCUGCGCCGUCAACUCCGACUGCGAGUACGGCUCCGCCUGCAUCCUGCUGUCCUGCUGCCGCGGCACGCCCGGUGUCUGCAUCAGCGUGAGGGACGACUACUGCAACAACCCUGCGCUGCCCAGGAACGGGCUGUUGAGGAGUCAGCCUGAGGGGAACAGGCUUUUUGAGGGUGCGUUCGCGAAAAAGGUUGUGGGUUGAGAGAAAAGAAGGGGAAGAAGCUAUGGAUGGGUAGGUAGGUAGGUAGGUAGUAAGUUAGUUAGU